GCAGUAGGUUAGAGUUUGUGAACUGAAGCGUCGCAGUUUUCUUACGUCAAGGUUCAACGAUACAAACUGUUCAGCACACGAACGUUGGUUGCUAUCGGAACCUGAAAAAUACUUCUUAAGACUUUAAUUCUCAGACAGAUAUGGGACGCGAGUCAAGGUAUGUCAAAAACGUGAAGUAUUUGGUUUCUGUUGUCAACUGUUGACUCGACUAAGACUAUUGUGACUGCUAAUCUAGCUAACUUCAUGUAGCAUGGUGUGAAAGCGCAUCACAAACACAAGCAGCGGCUUUUAUAACAGAAAGAUAUCCAUUUGGAGUUUUAGGCCAAGUUUUCUAUGAACACCAAGCAAGCCUAGUGUAAAGCUAAUUCUGCUGUUUGAUUCUCAGACACUACAGAAAACGCUCCGCCUCUCGGGGACGGUCAGGAAGCCGAUCCAAGAGUCGAUCUCCGGACAAACGCUCCAAAAAAGACGACCGAGACCGGAGCAGGAGGGAGCGCUCACGGAGUCGGGAACGCCGCAGGUCCCGGUCCAGAGACAGAAAAAGAGCAAGGUAAUAUAUGGAGGCUCAUGACAUGUGGGUGGACAAGAGUCUGAAAACAAUCUAAAGAAGCUCAUGGUCUGUUUUUCUUGGCCAUAGCUAGAAUUUAGUUGAUCUGUGUGUGCUCGGCUGUGGUUCUUAUACUCAUGUAGGGCUGGGCGAUAUGGGAAAAGGUUUAUCACGAUAUAUUUUCAUCGGCAUUUCAGCCAGGGGUAGCACUUUUUUUUUGUAGGCUUCACGUGUUAAAGUGCUAUGGUUGCCUGUAGCUGCAGCCUGCUACUACGCAGUUGUUUGCUACUUGGUUCUAAUUCAGCACAUGAUUGGUUCAGCACAAAGUGGACCUGGAGCAACUCCCCUUUUCAUUGGGUAUUCAUGUAGUCUACCAAAACAUGGCAGAAUGCCGACUAUCGAAAAGCAUAUUGACCAUGUUUUAUAUCGAUAUUGAGGGGAAUUAAUUUUGGAUAUAUAUCGUUAUCGUUUUAUCGCCCUACACUCACCUACCACAACAGUAUGAACUCCUGGAGACAGUACAGCAAUCAAAUACAUGAUGGUGAAGUCUGUUAUACUGAAGGGCGAUCCUCAUGUUUUUUUUCCUCUAAUGUUUGUAAAUGAAGUGGACUAAGCAGACAAAUUAUAAAGAACACUUCAUCAUAAUACACUCCUGCCCACCAACCACCAGCUAUAUCUAAGUACAAUUACCACUGGUCUAAACUGAACAUGCAGAAGCUUUCUGGAAUGGAAUUUAGGUUCCAGUUGUCGUUGUGCAGAGGAGUGCACAGUAUCCUCUACAAGGUCCUACUGUGAGGUGGUUACACGAUUUUUAAAAAAAUAAAUCAUGAUGAAACCUGAAGUGAAUUGAAGCAUCGUUAAUUUCACAUUUUUAGAUCUAAAAUUGUUUGUUUUGUCAAAAAAAAAUCCCAAUGUUAGUGGGUUUUUUUUUUUUUUAGAUGAGCUGAGACUAUAAAUUUGACCAAGUACAAACAUGCCCAUGUUAAGCAAAAGAGAAGUUGUUUGUCCCUCUCAUUUUAUGUCGCAUGCUUGCCUCUGUUCAGACGCUCCAGAAGUAGAGACAGGAGGAGGUCCAGGAGCAGAGAGAGGAGGAGGUCGGGCAGCAGGAGCCGAGCCAGAAGGUCCCGGUCGGGUAGCCCCAGCAAGAGCAGGAGACCAGAUGAAAAGUAAGACCUCUGAUCCCAUAAGUGAUGUUUCACAUAAUAAAUCAUGCUUGCAGCGCAGACUGACAAUGUGACCAAUUAGGCCAGAUAGUGUUUGUAAAGUGUAUUUUGUUUGGGAGUCUCUGGUAGAUGUUUGCAGGAUCUUUCAAACAGGUGAGCAGAAAUAAGUUUUUUUUAUAGUUCUUUUGUCUUUUUCUUCCCAUCAGGCCAAAGAGCAAAGAGAAAGACAACAUUGAUCCGAUAUCGGACAAGAAAAAGGUUAAGGAAGAGAAAGAAGAUGAGAAGGUUGAAGAUGUAAGUUUUGCUGAUUAAGUCUCUGUGAAUCAUAAAAUGUCAUCACGUAUGAAGAGAGGCUUUUUUCAUAUCUAUCCUAUGCGUCCCUGCAGCAAGACUUUGACCAGAACAAGCUGGAGGAGGAGAUGAGGAAGAGGAAGGAGCGUGUGGAGAAGUGGAGGGAAGAGCAGAGGAAGAAGGCCAUCGAAAACAUCGGAGAGAUCAAGAAAGAACUGGAGGAGAUGAAGCAGGGCAAGAAGUGGAGUCUGGAGGAUGAUGAUGGUGAGGAAGCACAGUCGAAAAGUUCACCUUCAGGAAAUGAACGGUUCAUUAUUUUCUCGAGUGGUCUGAUAACAGUCUCUUGAUUUCAGAUGAUGACGAGGACGUUUCAGCUCCAAUGGAAGCUGACGAUGAUGAAGACGGGGAAGGAAAGGGUGAGAAGAGAGAGAAAGACACAAAGGAGGAGAAGCUAGAGGAGGGUGAGAAGGGUGAGACUCCCAUGGAGCAGCAGGCUGAGGAGGACGAUGUGGAUCCUCUGGACGCCUACAUGGAGGAGGUGAAACAGGAGGUGAAGAAGUUCAACAUGGGGGGUGUGAAAGGAAAUGAUAAGGUGAGUUUGUGGGGAAAAUGCUGCAUCACUGUGGCUAUUAAAUAAUUUCUGGGUUACAAAAAGGAGAAAAAAAACUCAAAUCUUCCCAAUGAACUGAUGACAGGAGGAUCUAAUGAAGGAAAUACAGCAAAAUGUACUUAAGGAUUGUGUAGUUAGGUUGUCGUUUGUAUCGCAGGGUUGUAGAAAUCUUAUUACUCUCCAUAUAAAAGCUUUUGUCGUAUCUGCACUCAUUUUAAACUGAGGAUUGAUUGUAAAAAAUCUCAUUUUAAUCAUCUAAAGUUAGUUUUUCUAUCAGUGCCUGACAAAUGUAGAUGUCAACUUUGUCAAGAAUGUCUCUCUUUCUUCUGUCAAGUUGAACAAAUAUCUGAUUUUAAUGUCCCCACCAGAAAGGAGGAGCGAUGACAGUAACCAAAGUGGUGACAGUCGUCAAAACCAAGAAGGGACCUCACACCCACAAGAAAAAGGGGGAGCUGAUGGAGAACGACCAGGAUGCAAUGGAAGUGGGUUUCCCUUCUUAAGCUAUCAUUUGUGUUUUAUUUGUGAAAUCGGUGACGCUUUCAUCUGUAUUUUUACAUAUUUGUCUUUUCUUUCAUACCCUUAAAAAACCUUAAAUGCCCCCUCUGUAUCCUCUCUCAGUAUUUAUUUCUCAGCAUACUUCUUAUUCAUACUUCCAAUUGUCCAAAUGUGUUUGACAGUACUCUUCAGAAGAGGAGGAGGUGGAUCUGCAGACGGCGCUGACGGGCUUCCAGACCAAACAGAGGAAGAUCCUGGAGCCUGUCGAUCACGGGAAGAUCCAGUACGAGUCGUAUCGUAAAAACUUCUACGUGGAGGUCCCAGAACUCGCCAGGAUGUCUCAGGAGGGUCAGUAAUGAUGGUGAUGGUAGGGUUAGGGUCAGUGGGGGCCUGAACCUGUAGAGACACAUUGCAUCACUGCCUUGUGAUAUGUAGAAUAUCUGUUGGUGUUUUCAGUCUCUGUUUAACUGAUCUGACGUCUCUGUCAUGCUGGUUUUAAUCAUUACAGAUGUGAACGCGCACAGACUGGAACUGGAAGGCAUUACCGUCAAAGGAAAAGGCUGUCCAAAACCCAUCAAGACCUGGGUGCAGUGUGGGGUGUCCAUGAAGAUCCUCACUGCUCUGAAGAAGUAAGUUUGACUGCUGGUCUUGUGGACCAGAAAGCCAUUUAGGGAACGUUUAAAGGCCCAUUUAUGCUCGCCAUACGUAUGAAAAUGUACGUGUUCGUUUCAGACAAUGGUUCUGUCACUGCCUACAUACUUAGACAUUACAUCCACUUGGGGGCAGGCCGGAGUCAAAAGUUUCUGACAAUAACAAACAAAAAGAAACAUGGCGACUGUGGAGGAUUAUGUAUAUUUUGCACAGCAGACAGAAACGGAGGCAGCGUGGAGGAGGCGGUGGUGGGUCAGGCCACUAAACGCCUCGUGGUUGGAGGACGUAGAAUUCCUUUUUCUAGUAGUACCGAUGAGAGAAAUUAACGUUGAUCCUCAAAAAGCCCCGCCAUCGUCUUCUUCAUUUCUCUCCAGAGAUGCGGGUAGUGACAGCAGCAACACUGCCCUCACGGUUUCCGGUGGUACUGCGCCGUCUGACUCGUAUCUGUAAACUUCAAGGAUAGCAUAAAUGAGCCUUAAGUUGUUUAGCAUCAACUUUGUUGUGAAAAACAAUUCCUUGAAAAAAUAGUAACAUGGAUUUAUGUUCAUGCGAUUUAAAAAAAACAACUUAGAAUGCUACUUUUACAGCAUGACAGAUACCUGGAUCACACAUUUCACUUCUUUUCAGCAGUGAAACAACACACUGUCUUCACCUUUAUUUCCCUCUUCUAUAUGAACCCAGGCACAGCUAUGAGAAACCAACGCCCAUCCAAGCCCAGGCCAUCCCCGCCGUCAUGUCGGGCCGGGACCUGAUCGGCAUCGCUAAAACCGGCAGUGGAAAAACCAUAGCCUUCCUGCUGCCCAUGUUCAGACACAUAAUGGACCAGAGACCCCUGGAGGAGUCUGAGGGACCCAUCUGUAAGGAUUUAUACCUGUGCUGAGCAUUUUUAUGUUUGCCAGUAGUUGAGGUCAAUUUUAACUCGGCAUUUGUCCCUCAGUAGAACUCACUUUGUGUCCUUUACUCUCCCACAGCUGUCAUCAUGACUCCGACCAGGGAGUUGGCUCUGCAGAUCACCAAGGAGUGCAAGAAGUUCUCCAAACCUCUGGGACUCAGGGUAGUGUGUGUUUAUGGAGGCACAGGUAUCAGCGAACAGGUAAACACACACUCUAUUGAACCCGGUGUCGUAGUGCACAGUACUCCAUAAAUGAUCAUGCUCAGGCCUUAUAAAUAUUACAUAUACACAUAUUAAAUACUGUAUUUUACACAAAACGACUUCAUGUUCUCAGUGAAUUUGCCCUCAUGUUAGGGUUAGGUUAGGCGAGGUUGAAUUUAUUGUCCUCAUAAGGAAAUUCAUUUGGGGUAAGUAGAAAAAACAUACACAAAGACAACAGCCAAACACAAAUUCAUACGCUGUCCCACAUAAAAACAAACAACUCAGGAAAGACAAUAUAAAAGUACUACUGUACUGUACUGUACGUUGUCAAAUAAAAAAAUAUAAAAAAUCAUUCCAAUAAAUAGCCUAACCCUGAAUUUCCACCACGUCCAGAAUGGCUCCGAACUGGAGCGGUUGUGGUUUGAGCCGUCUGCCAAUUCCUACCAGAUCCGUUUGUGAGCCAAAUUUUGUGGCGGAUUACAGGACAGCGGGAAUCAAGAGAAAUCACAAGAACCCACGGAUUCACGUGCAAUCGCACGAUAACGAGUUAUCUCUGUAAAGACAGCCACAUAACCAUAUAGAUUGUGUCCUUCCAGAGGAAGAAAUCCACUUCUGGACCUUUAGAUUCAGCAUCUCCUCAUCCAUGGUGUCCUCUGGGUGAAAUGCUGGAUGAAAGGAUGCGUCUCCUCCACAACUUUUUUUUUAGCAUUUCAACUUUUAAUAUUGUCAUUUGUUGUCAUCGGCUCCCAGAUAGCUGAGCUGAAGAGAGGCGCUGAGAUCAUCGUGUGCACGCCCGGGAGAAUGAUCGACAUGCUGGGGGCCAACAGCGGUGAGUUCACACACCACGACCCUCUCGUCUUAUUCUCUUCGGAUGUUACUGCUAAUGAGCGUUAUAGAGAGCCUGUCAUUGAUUGCCUUGCAUGGGAAUAAUGUUACAAUGCAAUAAAAAAGAACUCAAUGAACCCAGUCAGUACCACUUACUAAACUGUCGACAUUGUUUGGCCACCUUUGGGAUCAGUCAUUUCUACGAGACAGUGAUGUGUUUCCUGAAGAUCAGGGGGAGAGCAGGUAGGUGGACCUGGUGCUGCCUCUGUGGCUCCUCAAACUCCAAGCAAGAGAUGAUCCAAAUUGCAUUUAUAAGUGUUGUGUAUCACACGUAUAUCAGUGUGUUCAGUCUUUGAAAUAAUGAUAGCCUGCAUGAUUAAGUGUCGUGUCACAUUAGAUAUAGAAACUGCUUAGAAACAUGUAAACAUCUUGUAUUUAAAGUAAAAAAAGGUAUUUCCCUGUUUUUUUUAGGCUGAAAACAAAACUGUAAAAUGUAUCUGCCAACCUUUGUGUUUCUGUAAACCUCUGAUGCAAAUGUGGAAAAAAAAGAUGGAAAUGUGGAAGAUUUAUUAGCUGAGCCUUUCCCCACUGUGCAGUCAGUAAAUAUUUAAUGAACAAUAGCGCUACAGAAGGGUUUCUGUUGUUUCCACACAUGCGAGGUAAUCUGUAAUAUGUUUCCCUUGUAGGUGAAAAGGCGCUUGGUCAGAUAAUGCUUGAUGGGGCUCCAUCUCUUGUUUUGUAUCUUGAGGCUGUUUUCUGACUUUUACAGGUCCCUCAUGCCCCUGAGAUGGUACGCAAGACCAAAGACGACAAAAAUUAUUUGAAAGUAUAAAUAAGAUUUAAAAUCAAGAAGGUGGCCAGUUGAAAGUAAUACAAAUGUGCACAAGCAAGGAAGCCUAGUCUUGUCAAGUAACAUCAAGUAGUAAGGUUUCUCUGUGUUUCAUUGAGUUUGUUUUAAAACAAAAAGGCAGACUGCGUAUGAGAGCUGAUUUUUCUUAGCUCCUCUUCUCAUGCUCCUCUUCCCUGGUGUUCAGGUCGAGUCACCAACCUGCGCAGGGUGACGUAUGUGGUGUUGGAUGAAGCGGACAGGAUGUUUGACAUGGGCUUUGAGCCACAGGUGGGUUGCAGGAAUGCAAACUUGAUUUUUAUCUUCCUUUUUUUUUUUAAAUUUACUGAAAUCUUUUGCCAUAAAUGUCAGUCGAGGAAGCUAAACCCUUUAACGCCUGACACCACAAAUCAUGGCCAGAAAAUUUUAAGUUUUUUUGGAGCUGAAAAGUUUAUUUCACUUACUACUGAAAAACCCCAAAAAUCAAAAUGUACUUAAAAUUUAAUAAAUAUAUUUUUUUAUCUUGUUUGAUACAUUAGAUGUUUAUGGAAACUGACAAACUACAAGAGGACAUUUUUAACAUUUAUAAGACCAUAUUCAGGUGUUUUUUUUUUAGUAAUUUGUUGAUCAUAUUGAUUUGAUAGUAUCAUAAAAGUAUGUAUCGCAUAUGAUACAAAAGGCAUUAAAGGGUUAAACUGUCUCUGAGUCUUGAACAGUUUUCUUCUACACUGUUAACUCGCACAAAGUAUUUGUUAUAUUGUUAUUUUUGUUAUUUCAUAUAUAUAUAUAUAUAUAUUGUUAUUUGUUCUAUUUGUUUUUUUAUUUGCACAAAAGUAGACAUAAAAUAAUUACAUAUUUAAAACAAAGACGUUAAGCGAAACUGUGCAGGAGAGGAAGGAAGCCUUAAGUGCUAUUGCAGAAUCCUCCCCAUCAAUACAAAUAAUUUAAAACAUACACAAUUAAAACACAAUUUUAAGCAGUACAAAAUCAAAUUAACUAAAUGACACAUGAGUGAAGCGUCUCUUUUUUUAUGUUUAGCAGUAAAGAAAAAAAACAAGAUUAAAAACCAUAAAUUGCAGCUUCAGUGACCUACAUGUGACGUAUGGUUCCUCUCACCAGGUGAUGCGCAUUGUGGACAAUGUGCGUCCGGAUCGCCAGACGGUCAUGUUUUCAGCUACCUUCCCCAGAGCCAUGGAGGCGCUGGCCCGAAGGAUUCUGUCCAAACCCAUUGAGGUCCAAGUGGGAGGCCGCAGUGUCGUCUGCUCGGAUGUGGAACAGCACGUGGUAAAUCAUCAACUUUUUAACUUUGUCUCAUUGAAUGACAUGAGAUCGAACUCUUUCUUUUUUUUCAGAGAUUGGCGUUUUAUUGUCAUUGUGAUUCCGUCUUAGUUUCCUUUUCCAAAUCUGACCUGUCAUCACUCACUUUUUUCCCCUCCUCUUUAUCCCUGUUUUUUUUUUUCUUUUCUUUUUUGUUUUCAUAGCUGGUGAUAGAUGAGGACAAGAAGUUCCUAAAGCUGCUGGAGAUUCUGGGUCACUACCAGGAGAAGGGCUCGGUCAUCAUCUUUGUGGACAAACAGGAGCACGCAGACGGGCUGCUGAAAGACCUGAUGAAAGCCUCAUAUCCCUGCAUGUCCCUGCAUGGAGGUAAGGGGUCACAUAGUUAUCGCACAGAUUUACAUCUCGGUGACACUUGAAAGCAUCUCGAAGUUUUUCUUUGAAUUCAAAAAUAAGUACGAAAUUUAGGAGAACCUAAGCAUCGGCUCUUUGAUUUGAAGGUUUCCACCAUGGAUGUGUGAAGUGCUUUGUCUUCAAUAUUCUCCUUAUUUUUUGUCUUCUCAGGAAUUGACCAGUACGAUCGAGACAGCAUCAUUAAUGAUUUCAAGAACGGAGCUUGUCGCCUGAUGGUGGCCACCUCUGUAGCAGCCAGAGGCCUCGACGUCAAACAGCUGAUCCUGGUCGUCAACUACAACUGUCCCAACCACUACGAGGACUAUGUGCACAGGGCUGGACGCACAGGCCGCGCAGGCAACAAGGUGGGUCACUGAAGCUGAAUUUUGUGGUUAUUCUGAGUGUGUUUGACUGCUUGCUGUAAUGGCUUUUUAUUUUCAUUAGAUCUCGACAUUAUGAAACAUCCUGCUUUUGUUUUCCAGGGCUACGCCUACACCUUCAUCACUGAGGAUCAGGUUCGUUAUGCUGGCGAUAUCAUCAAAGCCUUAGAGCUGUCCGGGGCUUCUGUCCCACCGGAACUGGAGCAGCUUUGGGCCUCUUUCAAAGACCAGCAGAAAGCGGUAAGAACCAGUUGGAUGUCUGUGUUAAAGCCUCGUUUGAGGUGUCGCUGUAAUUUCUGAAAUUGUCAUAAAUAUCGUUCUUGAGAAUUGAUGCUUUAAAAUUGAGGCUGCUCUCUAAUUUGAUGGUUACUUUUUAACUUCAGGAUGCAAAGGGACACGUUUGUCUAUUCUUGGUAUAAUCCUGAGCUUCUCUUGUAUUAUGAAAAACUGCCUAAAAUGAUGAAAAGUACCCAAAAAUAAUCAGAUCAUUUAAAUUUUUGAUGUUGCAAUAAGCAAGUUUAUUCAAAUAUCGAUCAUUUCAUGAGAAAUUGCAUCCGUGCACUGCUGAGAGACUGAUUCAUGUUCUCUUAACCGGUUUUGCCGUCACAUGGCAGGAAGGAAAGGUCAUCAAGAGCAGCAGCGGCUUCUCAGGAAAAGGCUUCAAGUUUGACGAGACCGAACACGCUUUGGCCAACGAGAGGAAGAAGCUGCAGAAAGCUGCUCUUGGGCUGCAGGACUCCGAUGAUGAGGAUGGAGCUCUGGAUGUAAGUAACCAUCAAACAGCUUAUCAUAGGAACGUGCUCAUCGAAAAGGCGUGCUGCGAAAUUCGUUGACCAACUCUUUCUCAGCACUACUUUAGAGAUGUAAUGUUUGUCGUCAUCUUACUCGUUCACUAAAAGUUCUCUGUCUAAACCGUCUCAUCAUUUCUCAGAUUGAGGAACAAAUAGAAAGCAUGUUCAACUCCAAGAAGAGGGUGAAGGAUCUGUCCGCACCCGGGGCGGCCCCUGGCACAACAGGAGCAGUUGCAGCCACAGCAGCAGUUCCAGGAGGGCUCCCAGGCCUCGGCCCAACAUCUGCCGGAAACAUCCAGAAACUGGAGAUGGCCAAGAGGCUGGCACUCAAGAUCAACGCUCAGAAGAACCUGGGUGCCGAGGCUCAGGUAGGCGGAUAGAUUGAAAUAGAAAGAUGCAAGUAGAGAACCUUUUUAAAGCCCAUCGUCUACCUCAAAGCUGUGUAUGACCACCACGGCAGGCGUGUAAACUGAAUGUAUAAUGAACCAAGUAUAUCCUCAGAGGUUUUCUGCUCCUCAAAACAACAUACCCAUAAAUUAGUGAACCAAGAAUUUUUCUGUUCUUAAAAUACAUAAAACGCGGGAAUAAAAUCCACAAAUGAAACAGAAAAAGCAACUUCAGGUAUCUCAUAAGAAACCUUUCAUUUUCAAGGGUCUUUCAUCAGAGUUUGUUUGGUGCAUCCUUAGUAGCUACAAAUUCAUUCUCAUUAGUCCCUAUGUUGAUGUAUAUUCAGCAUAGAAUUAGUCUGACGUCCAUUGCAAAGUAUUUUUCUAACCCUCUGGUCAACCUUUUUUUUUGUGUCUUCUAAGUCAAACCGGUCAUGUUACUUUGUUCAGGAUGUAAUGCAGCAGGCCACCAACGCCAUCCUGCGAGGCGGCACCAUCAUGACACCCUCCGUGUCUGCAAAAACCAUCGCAGAGCAGCUGGCGGAGAAGAUCAAUGCCAAGCUAAAUUACACGCCUGUGGAGAAGCUGGAGGAAGAGCGGCAGGCGGCUGAGCAAGCCGAGACAGUCAAGAGAUAUGAAGAGGAGCUGGAGAUCAAUGACUUCCCUCAGGUUAAAAAAAACACUGUAUACAGGACUGACAACAGAACGGACUGUUAUUCUUAUUAUUUUGUUUUUAACCUGUGCUCUUUGAGCUUCAGUGAUAAUUAUAAGCCAUCUUUUUUUCUGUCAUGAGCAGCUUGCCCAUGUGAGUGCUCAAAAAAGACAGAUUAGGGAUGAAAUGUCGCCUCUUGGACUGAAAAAAAAAAAUGGUUUGAAUCUGAAAUAUCAUAUCUGUGAAAGAUAACUCAACAAGUAUUCAUAACUGAUUAUUUUUAGUGUCUUUAUGGGGUCAGACUUUCUCAAAGUGCCCAAAAAAUUUGUUUAAAUUCAUGAUUCAUUUCUUUCAUAGAUUGAAUUUCCACUACUAAGUCAAAAUAACAUAUUCUUAAAUGUUUUAUGCACAGCAGGUUCUUUAUCAAAGUUCUGUCACUGAGAUUUUCCCAUGAAAAAAAAUCACACGUUUCAGAUAUAUCUUGGUGUUUUAAAGAAGAGACGUUUCAAAUGUUCGUCUGUUUUCCUCAGACUGCCAGGUGGAAGGUAACAUCCAAAGAGGCUCUGCAGAGGAUCGGUGAAUACUCUGAAGCUGCCAUCACCAUCAGAGGAACAUAUUUCCCUCCAGGCAAAGAGCCGAAGGAGGGGGAGCGUAAGAUCUACCUGGCUAUUGAAAGUAUGUCAGGAAAGUUGAUACUUUCUUUUUUUUACGGCUUCUUGGCUCUAUAUUUACAUCAAAUUAAGUUCUUGGUUUACUUGUGCUCUGUAUAACUUUUUAAACGUUAUAUUAACGGUUUUUUUCUAGGUGCAAAUGAACUGGCUGUGCAGAAAGCCAAAACAGAGAUCACACGGCUGAUCAAGGAAGAGCUCAUCAGAUUAGUAAGUAUUUUCUUAAACUUGAUACACAAACCGGUUACAAGGAUACUCAGGGCCUCCUCAAGGUUUUUCUCUCAAUUUUUUUAGCUAGGGUGACACAAUACUUGGCUGAUUUUUUAAGAAAAUAUCAAUGAAAGAUGUUGCUCAUUGCUUUACCUCCGUCUUUUUUUCCUUUCAGCAAAAUUCUUACCAGCCAACGAGCAAAGGCCGGUACAAAGUGUUGUAGACAUGGACGCAAGGAUCACUGGAAGAGUUUCCAUCGCUCAACAGUCUCUUCUCAAGUCUUGUCAAAUUGGCUUAAGGAUAUUUUAGUCUGUAUUUUUUAUGCUCCUUCAAAUACACAAGUUAAGUCAAUUUUCCUCAGUGUUUUCUGUGCUUUAUGUGACCUUCCUGUAAUUUUAUACAGAUAAAAAGUACCACAAUGCUGAUUUUGACCCCCAGUGUCAUUUAAGCACUGCAGCUAUACUCUGUAACAUGUUUUUAAAUGUGAGAUAUUUUCUUUUAUGUAAUUUUGUGCUCAGACUCCAUCCUGUAACCUCACAGCGACAUACACCUUCAGUCUAAAGAUCUUUUCACUAUUCCCCAGAAUAAAAACAACGUGUUGCUAAGGGAAAGGACUUGAUUUGUUUUGCUGUUUGU